AACCUGUAACUUUUCCCAUGGUAAAUGCAGAAAAAAACAUUGGCCAUCCGCUAAUUAAGCUAUAUUGCUGUCACCAAUGAUGUGUGUAUUGUGUGCAAAGCCAUGGUUUCUGGGCCCUAUGACUAAACAUAAUAAUUAAACAAAAAUGACUUAUAUUUGGUAAUAAUGCUAGUGAUCUCAUCCGAGCCCCCACCCCCCAAAAAAUAUAAUCAUAGUAAUUAUUAAUACUUGUCCACAAUUACUGCUUCGCAGUAACUUGGCAUUUUACUAUCAAAUGCAACAGCCAUCCCAUAUUGUUUUUGUUAAUGUUCACUCAGAGACCUGUGCCAGUUCGUCUCCAUCAGCGGAAACAGCGAAAACACCAGAUCUUCCACAUCAUCAGCCACCAGCUGAGCUUCCAGGUCACUGGAAAGAUCAUCUUCCACCUUUCCAGCAUGAGUGGAUCAGGAACACACUAUUUAAGGCCAACCUGAGAACCGGCAAGCCAGAACUAGUGUCCCAGAUGAAGCUUUGGUGGUAUCCUCCUCAGCCCCCUUUAAUUCACACAUUUUAAUUCAUGGCAUUUCAUGUGGCGAUUUGCUGUAGGUGUCACGACAGAGGCUCAUCCGCUCUACGGGAUCUUCAUGGAACGUCUGGCAGAGUGCAUCUUUCAGUGGGAUCCAGAGGAUGUGGCCGCUCUUCGCCGUGCAAAGGAGGGUGAGCUGAUGGCAAAGAAGACUGGCCACAUCUCAGAAAAGGCGGUCAGUGCUCGCAUUACCCGGAGGGAGUUGGCACUGCACUGCCGGAGGAGGACCAGGGGGGUGGAGGAGACCACUAGAUUGAUUGGAUCACUGAUUGAUCUGUUUGACAGUGCGGACGGGAAGGACACUCUGGGAGUUCCUCUGCUGGACCACGAACGGAUCCAGCAGAUAUGGAAAGAACAGUGUAAGCACAUACAGUGUAUCCAAGACCCAGCAAACUUUCCGCUCUACAUGAAGACAGGGACACUGAAGAAAGGUGGUGUGGAGCUGUGCUGCUACAGGUGUGCCCGUGGCUCUACCUGCUUGGAGUCAUUCCACCUCCACCUGUACCGUUUUAUUCCAGGAACCAGUGCCAGUGAUGCGCAUUUUCAGGCCUAUCUCCUUGAGGGCUUGAUGCGUUGGAAUGAUGACCAGAUGGAAGACGCCAUAAAAGGAGAAUCCUCCAUCCGGUCAUAUAGCAGUGCCAUGAGAGAGGCUGUGGACCAGCUUAGCCGAACAGUCUUUGGGAAGCCCUGGGAUGAGCGCUAUCGCCCUCCUGGAGCAUAUACAGGUGAAUUGCUGGGAAUGGAGUACCUUUACAGCCAGACUGGCAAAACACUGACUCCAGUACUCCAGAACCCAGAGGAGGAAGACAGGCUGGUAGAGGAAGUUGAUGACCAGGACCUGCAAGAUGAGGGGUUUGAGGAAGAGAUCAUGGAGGACAUCACAGUUCCAGUGCUGUAUGAGGAUGACCCCUGCCGUCAUCUUGAAAGCAGCCCCUCCUCUUUGCCUCUGCCUCAGUCCCCAGCAUCACUGGCUGAGCCGUCCACAUCAUCUGGUGGAGAAGGACAGCAUCUUGCCCCUGCCCCUUCAGUGCUGUCACAGCCAUCUGACACUGGAAGCAGUCUCUCCGAUGAGGCUCAGGGAGCAGUCAUUGGACACGAUGGCAUCGCUGGGUGGGAAAAGGUCCAGGGUCUGGCUGGUUACCUGGUGGGUCUUCGUGAGGCUCCUUACCUCACUGACCUGCAGGGGACAGAGGCCAUCCCGCUGUGGACAGCUCUCCCUGAUAUUGAUAAACAGUGGGUCAACUAUCAGCCUCAGCUGACACAUGGGCACUUUAAGGCACCGAAGCGGUCCGGAAUCACACUGGGUGUGGAGAGUGUGAAACAGCGUCUGAUUGGACGCCCUGGGAGUCCAGCACAGUGGCCCAGCACCAGCCGCUUGGUUGAGGCCAUUUGUAUGAAGCUGUGACACAAGUCGCCGACCAAGAAGGCUGGAGUUUGCACUCCCAGGUGGUCUAAAAUCCUCUCUGAUUACUACCACAUCCGAGAGCUGGUGCUUAACAGUCGCAGGCUGAUGGAUGAAACAAUGAUCCAGCUGUUUGAGCUAAACCAGAAGACACUCAUUCAGUGGUUUCAACGGCGGCAGAAGAAUCAGGAAAUGAGUGUCCUCGCUCAGGUACUGACUCCACCUGACCCAAUUGCUGUGGCUGAUACGCAGCUUCCUCCGCCGAGGGAAAAAUUGGAUGAAGCACCAUCGACAUCAGGCCCAAAACAUCAAUUUAUCCUUCCGCCAAAUCGAGAAGGACAGGCUCCUCUUCUGCGACCAGGUCGACAGCCUGCUGCUGUCACCAGGGAGUGCCCCAUCGCACCUGCCCCCACAGCAUCAGGAGUUGUGCAGCCCAUUUCAGCACCUGGGUCAUUGUUAGGCACACUAGUCCUUAACCCAGACAUGACUGUGUCAAUGGUGAUUCCAUCUUUUGGUGCUUCGACAUCCGGUGCAGGCCCAUCUCCGCCUGCUCCUGCAUCUGCUGCUCCUGUGUCCCGUUACACACAGAGGAACAGGUGCCGGCGGGUCCUGGAGAAGGAAAGCGGAGUCCAUAAGAGGAAGUAUGUGCGAGGGGUUACUUUUAACAUGUGCAGCAAAUGUGGGCAGCCCAAAACUAAAGAGUUUGGCCACAGCCAAUAUGGUAAUGCUACAUUUUGCUUGCGUGCCUCGAAUGGCAAAUCUUUAGAUGACUGGUUGGCAGAACAGUGCCGGCAAAAUAAAUGCCAAACUCCACCUCCUCAAUAAAUAAUAUCUUUCCUGUAUACAUUUUGUAUAUAUUACAUGGACCCACUCUUUCAUAUUGUCCUAUAUAUACAGUGGG